ACAACAAAAGAGGAGGAGGGGCCAAGAGGUCAUCCAGAAACCUUGACGAAGAGAAGGGUUCUGCUUCUGCUAUCACUUGUGCAGUGGAUAAAGAUAAGGAACGCCGAAUCAAGCGCGGCCUUGACGAAGAGAAGGGUUCUGCUUCUGCUAUCACUUGUGCAGUGAAUAAAUAUAAGGAGCUCCGAAUCAAACGGCUAAGGGAACAGGCUCGUAAGGAAAUUUUGAGGGUUGAAGAGGCUGCUCGAUUGAAAGUCGAGAAUCCUUUACAAGAUCUUCAACAACUCAACUUGUUGUGCACUGGUGGCAUCAAACAGGAUUCUUGUUACAGGGUGUAUCGUUGGUUGACACUUGAGAAGUUGGGCAUCUAUUUGAAGAGGGAUGAACUUGAAGAUGUUUAUGAAGAGGAUGAAUUUCGCAUUGGAGAUUGGGAAGAAGAUGGAGAACAGAGUCCACAAACAACGAAAUAUUACAUCCACAUUUGGUGGCAUAUCAUCAUCAUCAACUGGAAUUCCAAAUGUGCGAUGGUUUGGCACCGAAGGAGACUACAAUGUUCUUGUGAUGGAUUUAUUGGGACCUAGUCUUGAGGAUUUAUUCAACUUUUGCAGUAGGAAGUUGUCUCUUAAGACUGUUCUCAUGCUUGCAGAUCAAAUGAUAAAUCGAGUGGAGUUUGUUCAUUCCAAGUCUUUUCUACAUCGGGAUAUCAAACCAGACAACUUCCUAAUGGGAUUGGGUCGUCGGGCAAAUCAGAUUUACAUCAUUGACUUCGGCCUCGCUAAGAAGUAUAGAGACACAUCAACCCAUCAGCAUAUUCCUUAUAGAGAUGAUAAGAAUUUGACUGGGACAGCAAGAUAUGCAAGCAUGAAUACUCAUCUUGGCAUUGAACAAAGCCGAAGGGAUGAUCUCGAGUCACUUGGAUAUGUGCUUAUGUACUUCCUAAGAGGAAGUCUUCCAUGGCAGGGAUUGAAGGCUGGAACUAAAAAGCAGAAGUAUGAGAAGAUCAGUGAAAAGAAAGUGUCAACAUCAAUUGAGGCCUUAUGCCGUGGUUAUCCCACCGAAUUUGCCUCAUACUUCCAUUACUGUAGAUCUCUACGUUUUGAUGAUAAACCAGAUUAUGCUUAUCUGAAGAGAUUGUUUCGUGACCUUUUUAUUCGCGAAGGUUUUCAGUUUGAUUAUGUCUUUGAUUGGAUGAUCUUGAAAUAUCAGCAGUCGCAGAUUGCCACACCUCCUACUCGUGCUCCUGGUGGUGCUGGACCAAGCUCUGGACUGCCUCCAGUUGUUGCAAAUGUUGAAAGACAAUCAGGUGGGGAGGAAGUUAGACCUACUGGUUGGCCGUUGGCAGAUCCCUCACGUAGGAGAAAUUCUGGACCGAUUGUAAAUCCUGGAAGCUUGUCUAAACAAAAAAGUCCUGUUGCAAAUGAUCCAUCUGUGUCUAAAGACGCAAUGUUAUCAAGUUCUGGUUUUUUGCGGUCAACUGGAUCAUCAAGGAGGGCUGUAGUUUCUAGCAGUCGGGAUGCAGUAAUUGUUGGCAGUGAAUCCGAGCCCUCUCGCCCUCAAACCAGAGAGGCAAGUCCUGGAACACUAGGUAAAAUUUCUUCUGUCCAAAGUUCACCUGUUGUAUCUUCAGAGCAGAAUCGUACCACUUCUGGUAGAAAUAUUUCGACAGUAAAAAACUUAGAGUCCACCCUCAGAGGUAUUGAGACCCUUCAUUUUAAUAGCGACGAGAGAGUACAGUAUUAGCAGUCGCUUCUCUCAAUAUGUCGCCCACUGUAAAUUUGAAAAACGGUAUACAGUUCUCACACACUUCGGGUGGAAUUUGUUUUCUUAAAUGUACUAUGUUUGAGGAAAGCUGCAACAAUUUGGGGUUGUCUCAAAGCAGUUUGCAAUAAUGACAACAUACAGAAGUGGAAAUUUGAUGCCCAGAAGACCUACCCAGGUAAGAAGGCCCUUUGUCAAUACAGCACAAGUUGUGUCACUGUGGUUUCACCGUCUCAAUACCUUGUCCAAAUGAGUGUUUGUGCUUUUGUCAAACACUACUGUGUGGGUCAAAUGCUGAUUGACACUGUAAAACUGUAAGUACACCAACAUUUUGAUUUUGUGAUGUAUUAUGAUAUUGUAAUCCUAGAUAUAGCAGGUACUGAGUGUUAAAGCCUACCGAUUGAUGUUGGCACUAGGCACUUCUGUUGCAUAUAUUAUUGGAGUUCGAUGUGGUUGUAUUUGGUUGCAUGACAUACAUUAGGGCUUCAUGCAGAAAUAUCGACCUAGUGUUUUCAUG